GGGUGUUUUUGCAGAGCAAAGGUGACAAGGUCCCUCUGUGCUGCUGCUGCCACAUCCCCAUUUUGGGAGUGAAACCCAGGAUUUCGGCUCUUCUCAGAGGGAAGGGGGCAGGAGGACGCCUGUCACGGCUCUGCCGGCCGGCCCGCCAGGGGCUGAGCACCGCGCCGGGGGCCUGGCCCUGCCCGGCCCGGCCGGGUCCUGCCCGGCUGAGCUCGGCCCUGCCCGGCUGAGCUCGGCCCUGGCCGCUGAGCUCGGCCCUGGCCGCCGCCCUCGGCCCGGUCACCGGCGGCUGCGCGCGCCUCUCCCCUUCCUCCUCCUCCAGCUCUCGGCGGGCGCUGCCCCCGGCAGCGAUGGAGGCCAUCGAGGAGCUGGUGCUCCAGCCCUGCACCUCCUCCCUCUACGUGCGGCCUUUCCGCCUCUGCUACCGGCAGAAUGGCACUAAGAAGUUCUGGGAUUUUAUGAGGACACAUGACAGCGUGUCAAUCCUGAUCUUUAAUACUUCUCGGCAGUGCUUUGUUGUGGUGAAGCAGUUCCGCCCAGCUGUUUACAUGUGUGAAGUAGAAAGGCAUCAUCCCGAAGUCUUUCGGGAUCAGGACAAGGAGAGCUUCUCUCGCCUGGAGGAUCCCUUACCUGCAGCGGUAGGAGUGACCUACGAACUCUGCGCUGGCAUCGUAGACAAACCAGACCUUUCUUUAGAAGAAAUCGCAUGCGAAGAAAUCUUGGAGGAGUGUGGCUACCGUGUUCCCGUUACAGAGCUACGGAGGAUCACUUCUUACAGGUCUGGAGUUGGUGUGACAGGUUCUAGGCAGACAUUAUUUUAUGCAGAAGUAACAGACCAGAUGAGAACUGGUGAAGGAGGUGGCCAGCCUGGAGAAGGAGAGCUGAUUGAAGUUGUAGAAGUACCUUUAGAAGACUCCAUGAAGUUUGCUUAUGACGAGACUCUCCCGAAGACGAUGGGUGUCAUCUUCAGCUUCAUGUGGUUCCAAAACAACAUAGCGCCCAAGCUACCAAAAAAAUAAAGCACCAUGAUUUUAAGAAAAGCUUUCCCAAUGGUUCUGUGGAUACAGAAAACUGCAAACCUGCCUGUAUUGGUCAACUCAACUAUUUGCUGACCAAAUCUUUCUUGAAAUAAAUGUGGAAGUAAAAUCUGAAUUAAAAUCCUGACCUGAUUUCCAUCACUAGCAUAUACUUACUGGCUCCACUGAGGCCAGGAUUUGCCUCUGAGAGGCGAACGUUGAUUUUUGCACCAAGGCUAAGUAAAUGUGUCCAGUUCUCCUGUUUCAUGGCACUGCUCUUCCACUGCUCUGAAGAGUUGCUCAGGACCUCAGUGCAGCUGCUGUACCAGCCUGUCACUGUGGUCUGUAUGUACUGGCAGCUGUGUAUUCACUGCAGUUUCUGGUAUUUUUUUGAGGGGGAGGCAGCAAACCUUAAUAGUCACAGAUAUCCUAAUGAGGUUUCUGAGUUCUGCACAGCUCUCAGGGAGCAGCUUUCUCUGUGGUGUGUAACUCCUGUACAGAGGAAACGUUUGCAUUUCUGAACAUGCAGACCUUUAUUUCAUCAGCAAACAUGUCUGUAAAUCCUCCUACUGAUGUGUCAUUUUGACAAUAGACCAGCUGUAAGAUUAUGCUUCUGUUUGUUCCCACCACAAUGCUGAGCAGCAGUGAUGGUGUUAGAGGGAUGAAUGAUAGGUGCUGCUACUGGAACAUAUGCUUCUUUGUUUGUUUUAUGAGUAAUACUUGAUUAAUUAGAUCAAACUUUGUCCUCUAGAAUGAGACUUGAGAGGACAAAUUCUCUUAAUUUGAAUCUGAGGUGACUAAUACAAGUGGUGUCUCUGAGAUGUUCUGAGGUUUCAGUUUCCUUAUUGCCCAAACGGGAAGAAUGGGACUUACCCCUCAGAUAACACUCCUGCAAAUCUAAUGACCAGAAGUGCUUUAUGGAGAGGUUUUAUCAUCAUUUGUGCAGUUUACAUUGAACCUCGUACAACCUGCACAGGCAUACUAAGCAACGUAAUUUGAUUUAAUAAGGUGGUCUAAUUCAAAUGUAUAUUAUUUGUUUGAUCUGCAUAGUUUAGACGUGGGCUGUUUGUCCUGUGACACUGUUAAGAGCAUGAAUGAAGGAGAAUCAAGUCUAGCAAUUUAAUUUUGCAGUGGUUUAUGUUAUUCACCAAGUUAAUUAACAUGUCUACAUUAUAUGUGCUUCUAGGAUUACUGAGGUACUAAAUGUGUUUAGAAGAUGAGUGCUGCGAAUAUGCAAACUUUCAUAUAACAACUGGAAUAAAUGCAGUAUAGAUGCAUGAUGGUAUCCAGUGGCUGAUUUAAAAUAGGUGUAUAAAUAAAUAUUUUUUUUAAAUGCUUGAAAAAUUAAUACUUGCUGGUUCACCUACUGGCAGGGAGGAAAGAUCCUUGGAAAACCACUGUCAAAAAAGCAGCCUUCAUCUGUGCGAGUCAGACACCUUUUGUGAAAGUGCAGACACCUUUGUUUUGAUCUGUGCCUGAACUGAGUUAUCGUGAAAAGCAAAUAAAUUCUGUCUGUCUGAUGUA